CAAUCACCUUUGUAGAACUUGAUACGUGCUCUUAGUUCCUUGAGCCUGGCCCUUCAUGGAUGUGGCUGGUGUGCCAGCUGCAGUCGCUCCAGUAGUCGGAUUGUCACACUUUGCGCCCAUCCAGCAAGGCGCCAUUGGAGCUCUGGGGUCUUUGCCGGGAACGGUUUGUGCGCAUCCUUUGGACGUGGUGAAAAUCCGCUUGCAAACAACAAAAAGUGGUUCGCUAUUGGAUGCGGCACGGGGCAUUUUCCGGGACCGAGGAGUUCGCGGCUUCUAUCGAGGCUUGCUGCCUGCCUUGGAGCAACGCUUCCUCUCGAGGGGGCCCAUGUUCUUGGUGUCGGAGGUGAGCACCCAGGUGGUGGCAGAGCGCGUGCCAUGCACGGAGCUGCAAGCACGUGCCUGCGGAUCGGCCUUAAGCGGCUAUGUCGUAGGAUGCCUGCAGGGGGUGUCAGAGUACCGGAAGAAGCUCUUGAGUCAAGGAGUUGUAUUAGCAUCUGAAGCGGGGUGGGGCAACAUUUGCUCGCAAGCUUGGGGCGCUGGGCUCUUGCGGAAAGGGCUCCUCCGCCGUAUGCAUGCGGCAGCGCUUUGCUGCUCCGUCUUCGACAGCACCUUCUUUUGCACUCGCGACUUCCUCACGACGUACUUGGCACCACCGCUGGCCUAUGGGAUGGCUGCAGCCACUGCAGUUGUGGUGGCAUAUCCCUUGGACACUGCUGUGUCGAGGAUGCUGAUUGUCCCUCCACACAAGCCAGUGGCCUGCAUGAGACACUAUAUCUUCCCAGAUGCACGUGCCUUCCGAGGCCUGCCUGCUCGCGCAGGUGAGUUUUUUAUUUCCUACGCAGUCACGGGAGUUGUGGAUAUGCUCUUCCGGCUGAAUGCAGGGCCGUGAAACUCGUCCUUCUCUGUGAAAGGAGCUUCCAAUCCACUACCGCAGUGUUUUGCAGCGUUAGUUGAAUUGGGACCGCCCUUCUAGGAACUUUUGACACUGUGCAUGGUGCGCAGUGCAGUCGUGUUUUCCACUCAUUUCGUCCUGAAAAGUGGGGCAUGUGGGCUGCCACCGCCGCGGCGGAUGCAAAAA